UCUAGAUAAAUAUUUAUUAUCUUACCUGCUUUCACUUGGAUAAUUUCUGUCUGUGUGGCUCAUACAAAUGGGAGUCUGAAUUCAAGUAUUUUCCUAUAGUUUGAUUCAGGAAGAAUAUGCUAGUCUUGUAGAGUGCAUCAGUAAUUUCCUAGCUGGUUGUGUGGAGCAGAAAUUCUGGAUUAGGAAUGACCAGUCCGGGGAUGACCUCCCUACAGCUGCGGGAAGGGGAGUCCAUCCAAUGUGCUUCCUGUACUCUGAGUACCAGGGUAGCCCCAUGGGAGCCGUGCGGAGCAGUGAGCUGUGUAGGCAGCGUGGACAUUUUCAGGCUGACUCUCCAGAGUGAACUGACAGGGGAUGAACUUGAGCACAUAGCCCAGAAGGCGGGCAGGAAGACCUAUGCCAUGGUGUCCAGCCGCUCAACUAGUCAUUCUCUGGCUUCAGAACUGGUGGAGUCCAAUGAUGGACAUGAGGAGAUCAUUAAGGUAUACUUGAAGGGGAGGUCUGGAGACAAGAUGAUCCACGAGAAGAAUAUUAACCAGCUGAAGAGUGAGGUCCAGUACAUACAGGAGGCCAGGAACUGCCUGCAGAAGCUCCGGGAGGACAUCAGUAGCAAGCUUGACAGGGAUCCCAAAGAGUCUGUCCAUCGACAGGAGAUACAGGUGGUUCUAGAAAAGCCAAAUGGCUUUAGUCAGAGUCCCACAACCCUGUACAGCAGCCCACCUGAGGUGGACACCUGUAUGAAUGAAGAUGUCGAGAGCUUGAGGAAGACCGUGCAGGACUUGCUUGCCAAGCUGCAGGAGGCUGAGCGUCAACACCAGUUAGACCGUGUGGCUUUUGAGGUCAAACUCAGCCAGUACCAGAGAGAAGCAGAACAGAGUAAUGUGGCCCUUCAGAGAGAAGAGGACAGAGUGGAGCAGAAAGAGGCAGAAGUCGGAGAGCUGCAGAGGCGCUUGUUAGGGAUGGAGACGGAGCAUCAGGCCUUACUGGCCAAAGUCAGGGAAGGGGAGGUGGCCCUAGAGGAACUUCGGAGCAAGAACGCUGACUGCCAGGCAGAACAAGAAAAAGCUGCUACCCUGGAAAAGGAAGUGGCUGGGUUGCGGCAGAAGAUCCACCACUUGGAUGACAUGCUCAAGAGCCAGCAGCGGAAAGUGCGACAAAUGAUAGAGCAGCUCCAGAAUUCAAAAGCUAUGAUCCAGUCAAAGGACGCCACCAUCCAGGAGCUCAAGGAGAAAGUCGCCUAUCUGGAGGCAGAGAAUUUAGAGAUGCACGAUCGGAUGGAGCACCUGAUAGAAAAACAAAUCAGUUAUGGCAACUUCAGCACCCAGGCCCGGGCCAAGACAGAGAACCCGGGCAGUGUUAGGAUAUCCAAGCCUCCCAGCCCGAAGCCCAUGCCUCUCAUCCGAGUGGUGGAAACAUGAGCUGCCAGGACACGGAUGCUGCUGUUGCUGUUGCCUCCUGCCUUCGGAGAAGCCCACCACCCCUGUUGGCUGUUAGCACUGACUUUGACUUCCUGACUGUUCCCUGGCUGCACCAAGGGCUUGGGCUCACAUGUGCCACCAUUCCCAAGCUCCUCGCCUCUGUAUGCUGGGCAGACAGAGCAUGAGCGCCUCCUCUGGACACUGCAGACCUUUGGAAGACGUUAUCCUGCAGGCAGGAGACGGGGCAGUAUCUUUAUUCCUAUAGUUACUAUUUUUCUCUGUAGAGAGAUCCCUUCUGUUGCAGACUGAAGUCCAACUGCCCUAGAAGCCAGGCCUUCAUCUGGUCAGGAGAGGUGACAUUUGCCUCAAGGAUGGAGGCAUAGAUGCCCAGGGUGAUUGGAGAAUGUCCUGGGGGAAUGAAGUUCUUCUGUAAACACAGCUCAGUUCUUAGCAACAAACUAUUUGUUUUUCUGCUUGCUCCACCCUCAGCCCUUGCUGACCUGGGCCUCCUGCAGACAGACUGCAGGGCUCGGGUCAGAGUCAGUGAACCUAAACUUCGACUGGAUUGGCCUUGUCUUUCUGAGGAAAAGGUUUUGAAUGUACAUUCAGGGAUAGUUUUUUGCAGAAAGAUUCUCUAGGGCCACAGCUACGUGUGACUUCUCUCUGCUGUGAAAACUGCCAGAGUCUCCUGGGUUUUCCCCUAAGGUGUACCACAAGGCACACCUCAGUCAUCUUAACCCAGAGCCUAAAAACUGUUUUCACUGGGUUAUAUCAGUCCCAGCAAAAUCCUCAUUGUAUUUAUUUUGCUAAGUUAUUGGUGUUUUUGCUUACAUCUCAUAAGUGAUUUAAUACCAAAGUUCUACAGCCUUCUCUUGCAGUGUUUGGAUUUGUUUGAAACUGGGGAAAGUGUUCCCAUUGGACUUGUUAAUCUCUGAAUGACAUUGUUAUUUUUCCCUCCCUCCCUCCCUCCCUCCCUUCCUCCUUCCCUCCUUCUCUUCCUUUCUUCCUUCCUUUUCCUUUUCUU